UAUCACGAGCUGAACCAAGCUGUUUUCGAUGACGCGCUGCCCCAGGACCUCGAGAUCAAGUGGACCAAUUCGUACAGCAAGACAGCAGGGGUGACAAGUUUCAAGCUCAGGUAUGAUGAUCAAGGGUUUGUGGAGUACACAGCAGCUGUUGAGCUUAGUGGGAAAGUCGUUGAUAGUGAGGAAAGACUCAAGAGCACCUUGGCUCAUGAGAUCUGUCAUGUUGCCCAGUGGGUGCUGGACAAGGAAUCUAAACCACCGCACGGCAACAGCUUCAAAAAAUGGGCAGAACGGGUGGAGAGCUAUGAUCCACUCCUGAAAGUGGACACAUGUCACAGCUAUGACAUCAACUACAAAUUUCGCUACAGAUGCGUUGAAUGUGGGUGCGAGUAUGGGAGACAGACGAACUCCAUCGACAUCAACGAGAAAGCAUGCGGAGAGUGCAGCGGCAGACUGGAGGCUCUUCAGACUCCUCGACCAGCCACGGGCUUCGCCGCCUUCAUACAAAGACACUUCAUGAAGGCAAGAACAGCGCUCACCAUGGAAGAAGCCUCCGAACCUGCACAUGGGACAGUGAUGGCGCUGCUCUCAAAGAUGUGG